AUGUGCUCCGCCCCAGGCUUGGACAACAUCCUCAUCUCGCUCAGCAUCCGGCAUCAGAACUCAUCUACCGCCCUCUUAGUUUCGAAUGGCACUACUUUACAUGACCUCUGUUAUCAACGACUGUCGACUCUCAACCCCCUCGCAUCACCCGCAGACCGAAUAAUCUUCAAGCUGAUACUGAAGGACCCACCCAGAACAUUGGUAUCACCAGGCGAUUGCGAUAGAAAAACACUCCAUCAACUCGGUUUCACUUCCAGUGAUGUUCAAUAUCCGGUCUUACUCCUUACGACCGAACUGGCCGAAGUUCAACGAUCCGCGGAAGCAUCUCAAGCCAACCUCAAAAGAGAACAAGCACGUCAAGCGGCUCUAAAGAACCCGGCGAAAAUCCGAGAUACGACUAUGAAAAACCGAAACAAUCCCGAAGAUCGCUGCAGGUUUGGACAGGUCGCUCUUUUACCGAACUUGCCAUUCGAGUCCAGAAGGAAAGAAUUAAUCGAAAAACUCUCAACCCAUCCUUCGAUACGCCAACAAAUGGUCAAAUUUCAAUUCACGGUUGAACAUCUGGGCGAGUUGCAUCCUUGGGCAGAUCCUCAACUGUUGGGAGUAAAUCAAAACGCCGGACAAUCUAUCCGUCUCAGGCUCCUGACCGACGACCUCAAGUCCGUUCGACCAUUCACGAUGGUCAGAAGAGUUUUGAGCCACGAGCUCGCUCAUAACGUUUUCGGUCCCCAUGACAAUAAAUUCAAAGAGUUGGAUUCUAAAAUUCACAAGGGGAUGCUGGCGUAUGACGAAAGCAUCAAAGCAUCAAGUCAUCGACUGGGCGGAGAGCUAGGCGACCACUACGAACCUGAAACGGCCGCACUCGACUUUCAUUGCAGUACUUCGGUUGCUAUUGAGCCUCAGAAUCGGGCUCCGGGACAGAUAGUAGGCUCGGUGGCUAGCGAUCAAGCGCAGAACCUCAACCCCAGGCUUGCUGCUGCCGAAGCUGCUUUGAAAAGAGCGGCACGGAAGAAAUAG